UGUCCAACACAGAGUCCUUUAGCCAGGUUUCCGUGAAUCUAACGCAAGGUUGAUAUGAUUACGAGUGAUAAACUCGCUAACUUCAUCCAUUUUGGGGCUAAAGACAUGACAUUCGCUAACAUGAUCUUAGGAACUUUGGGUGACCAUUCAGUACUGGCUGCUCUGUUUUUCCUUGGUGCAAUCUAUAACAAUGCAGUUGUUUAGAUUGCUACGUGGAAAGGUGUCAUUUUGAAUAUUUAAUAUGUUCGCCAGUUGGUUAUGUAAAUGAGGUUUCCUGUGAAGGAAGUUCUUGGCAAAGAAACACCCAUUAAAGUUCGGAAAUUGCUGAGUCUUGCGUGCUCCAUUCCCCAUGCAAAUCCCAAUCUGCCUUUGUUUUGCGCUGUCCUGCUCUUUUGUCCCUCGACGUGUAGGUCUUUGCCGUGUUAUUCCCAGAUCAGAUAUGUUGCGCCAUAACUCACAACCGAGCGACUUCUUCGUCGUUGAAGAUAAAAUGGCAUUCAGUGCCGCUCUUGAAUAAAAUAUCGCCAUGUAACUAGAGGCCAAUAUUAUAAAAAUCUACUUGUGAUUAAAAUAGUGCUCUUUGUCGUUUCGAGGAAGUUAUUUUGAAGAAAGUUCGCUUAGAAUCACGGAGCAGGAAAAACCUUUGGGAACAGGGUUUAAAACCCAGACAUCUCAAUUAACUGUCCAGCUCGCUAAUUAUUCAACUACCACAUCUUCUGUGAAUUUGUAAAUGAAAGACUUCCCAAACUUAAUAGACAGCUAUUAACCUUAACCUUUGGGAACAACAUUGCAUUUUGUACAUCCUGAAAUAUCUAGCUAUGAGUUUUCACUUUCAUAGCCUAAAACUUGUCUUUUUAUAAUAAUCCAUCCUUGGAAAUGCUUGAAACAUUGUGUGGUUUGCUGGAUGGGUUUGGCAGGGGGUUGAAAAACCAUCUGCAGGUGACUCACCUCAUAAACAGAAGCUUGACCAGGAUUGUUUGUAAUCACUUUCAUUCUUUACCAGACCUUCUGUAAUUUAAAAGUUUAAAAGUUUAAUAGCUGUCUAUUAAGUUUGGGAAGUCUUUCAUUUACAAAUUCACAGAAGAUGUGGUAGUUGAAUAAUUAGCGAGCUGGACAGUUAAUUGAGAUGUCUGGGUUUUAAACCCUGUCUUGGUUAUCAUGUUGUGUUUUUGGGCAAGAAAAUUUACUCUAAAUUGCAGUAUCUCUCACCAUCCAGAAGUUUUACAUGGGUAUCAAUGAACUGAUAGGAAAUGCUGGGAGUAGAGGGGGAGGAAAUGAACUAGUAUCUUGUCUAGGGGAAGAAGUGAUACACCCAAUCACUUCAUGCUAUGGAAAAUGGUGUAAGUUCCCACAUUGUGGAUCAGUCUUGGCUCAAGUGCUGACUUUACCACAAAUUUACAAACUGUUCUGCAAUGAUGUAGUAUCCUGGCCAGGGGAAGGAGUGAUAAAACCAAUCACGUCUAUGAAAAGUGGUAUAAGUUCCUGAAUUGUGGAUCAGUCUUGGAUCAAGUGCUCACUUUGCCAUAAAUUUACAAACUAUUUUUAUGCAUUAUGGUUGUCAUGUGCUCUCUAGCAGACAUAGAGGAUGAGGCAGACUUGUUAAGGACAACAGAUGGUCAGGAUCCAAUCAAACAUUGUCCCUCUCUUCACACAAUGGCUGAGCUUUUCCUGCAGAAUGGCACCAAACAGUUGUUUAAAGUGAUUGUGCUACUGAUGUUGUAAGAACUUUUUUUAAAAUGGUCCUCACUUUCUUUGCUGUGCAAACAUAAUCACUGGUAUGAUUACAGACUGAAUUAGACUCCUCAUUACACCAAAGUUUUUUCAAUCUAUGACUAAUUUUUGUUAUUUUGUAGUCAAAAUGGCGAUGCAAUCCAGUGAUUGGUUGUAAUACAAUGCCUAUACAUUUCUAAAAUAUUUCAGUUCUCAGAUUUGAGAAUUUCUGAGAAUGUCAGAAAAUAUAGUAUAAAAUUUCUUCUUUUGAUGUUUUUAGUGUCUCUGUUCUCAUCAAUUAUGCUCUUGCUGGGAGUCAGGCUUGUUUGCAGCUUCUGAAUCUUAGGUGUGUGUUCUGCAUUUUGCCUGUUGCAUGCAUCAGUAAAUCUACAGUUAAUCCAUUAAAAGUGCAAAAAUUAUUCCAUCUUCUUGUGGAAUUCUUUGUUUUCUCAUCAGGAGCUUAUUUAUGACAUGAUAAUUGUAUCUCAAAGCGUUGCAAACGAUUUAAACUAGAGCUUUUUGCACAUAUUUUUAUAUUGAUUUAAUUUUGAGCUUGAAGGCAAUCUAUUUAUUUAAAGUUAAUCGGCCAAAUCAAAUCUUGUCUCAAGAAAACCAAAAGCCACCCACCUAAAAAACUUACUAUGAAUUUUAUUGUGAAUCUCUCAUUUUAAAAAUUAUUUUCACUUUUCAAUUUGACUGUUACUGAAUUACAAAAUACUUUAUUCAAUAGCUUGGUAUGUUCACUUAAAAUGUCGUUACAAUGAUAAGUUAUGUCAUUCUUAAAUUUUAUCAACAUAUUUUUAUGAUUUUCAUGUCUUUGCCUCUCAAAGCAAGUUUUGGAUUCCAUACAGUGCGAGAAGAUACAAAACAAAAGAGAUUAUCCUUUUUCUUAAAUUCUUUAAUUCUUUCUUAAAUUCACAGGGUGGAUUAUGGAGUAACAGUCUUAGUUUGGAGCUGUGCAUUCCUGAUUAUCUUUAUUAAUUUCUGUGUCCUACCAUUUGUUUCUUUGCUAACAUUUGGGGGAGGAUGUUUGAUCCUUGCUGUCACCGUAAGUACAUAGUUCUGUAGUCUGACUGGGUAAAAAUCAAUAAUGAGAAUUCUAAGUCAGAUUUUAUAAAUUAAUCUUCAUUAUAAAGGCUUUUGUCCACUGUACCCAAGAUGAAUUGGAAUUUGUCACUAGUUGUUGGGUUUUAUGCCAUAUGUGUUUCUUUUCAUGUCAGUUUGAAGUAUUCAGAUGAGUUUUUCAAAAAAUGUAGCAACUACCUUUCUUGACAGAUGGGUUUAAUAGAUUUGAAUUCAACAUGGUUGAAAGUUCAAUGAGCAAUAACCAAGGGAUGAAUGACACUUAACUGAUUUCUUUUCAAUUGAUAAUAUGUUUAAAAAAAAUUUAAAAAUAAUAUUUAAAACACAUUUUUCUAAGUUUACAUUGUUGAAUUUUUUAAAGAACAUUUUACAUGCUACCCUUCAUCACUUCUUCAACUUACUCUACUGUCAGUGACAAUUUAUAAAUUUAUGUUAUUUAUUAGUGAGAUUGUCAGAAUCAGCAAAACAAUUUUUUUCCAGGUCUGGGCAACUUUGAACCUAGAGAGCCACAUAAUCAGUGUUCCAAUUUUUGGUGAAUUGAAAUAUGUUGGUCAGCCUUUGGUUUCUGGAACAAUUACAAUGGGUGAGUGUACUCUAGUGAUCAGUUGACCUAAAGAGAACAAUGAUUAUUCAUUUAUAUUUAUUACUGAGGGAACUAUGUGAAGGGUUUUGGCCUGGGUACUAUCUCUUUUGCAAUAUUUUUGGAUGUGUGGUGGGAUUGAUAGUGAGGGUUGGAAGAUAGAUCCUCGUAACUGCACAGUUUAAGAUAUUUGCAAUCCUUUGACUUUUAUACAAUUUGAAUAAAUUUUCAGGAGUGAUUGUCAACAUCCUCCCAGUGCUUUUUGCAAAAAUGAAGCCUUGCAUUUCAGAGGUAAGGAGCAAACUAAAAUAAAUUUGACCUUGCAAAUAUUACUAUUUUUGUUUAAUUUUAAUUAAUAAUUACUACUUGUGUAAAUGAAAUAUCAAAAAACUGUGAAAUGUAAAUUUUUCAUAACUAAAUCAGGGAUGUGGGUUGAAAUAGGUGAAAAAAAUUCAAAUCAGAAAUUCUUUUUUGCUUCAAAUUUUCACAGAUUCGUUGGUUUUAUGGAUCUGUUAUUGCUGGAGUGUUGACCUAUGUAACAAUUACCACUUUUUGGUUAGUAUCUUUUUUUUUCCUUUGAAGUUGAAAAACCAUUUCAACAUAACAUUUUAAUAUUGAUAGAAAUUAUUUCUUUCAGGGUUGCAAGAUAUGGUGUUACACUUCCUUAUCCCUUAACAAAGGUACUACACUUUUUCUGUGCUGUUUCACCAAUCAUUUUGUUUUAAAUCUCUUGAAAUCUUCCUGGACUUUAGAUUGAGAGGUCAAGGGUUCAGACCCCCCCUGGGUUAUGGUGUUGUGUUCCUGGGCUAACCUCUUUACUCUUCCCAUGCCUCUCUCCAACCAGGAGCAUAAAUGGAUACUGGUGAUUGUUAAAGGAAGCUUGAUGAAGUGCUGGGGGGGGGGGGUAAUACUCCUGGUCAUUUCAUGCUAUGGAAACUGGAAUAAGCUCCAUCUGGAUAAGCCACUUGCCAUGAGUACAGACUUAUUUCCAAUACCCUUCAUCCUGAUAUAUCAUGAAGGUUCACUUUGUUUCUUUCCAUUUUGUCUACCUCACAGAUUGUAGGAUCAAACUACCCAGCCUAUGGUUGGAUUCCUCUUCUCAUUCAAAUAUUGUUGAUUAUCAGUGUAACGGUCUCAUUUUUGACAAUGGGAACAGGAUUGAAACACAUGGGUGAGUAGACUGCAUCAUAGAACCUUCUAGCACUGCUAGGAGAGAUAAAAUACCGAUUAAGUUAAUUGUUUCAUUUGGGACUUUAAGUGUAACCUUGUGGGGGAGGGCAGACAUAUUUCAGUAAUUUUAUAAUGGUGAAAGCUCAUGUAAAAUUUGAAACAGAUUUUCAAAAAUGAUGUAGAGCAAGCUGUUAUUUUGCCUUAACCCUGCACUUCCUCAACUCAUAGAAAGAUUUCUCUGCUGGGUGGUGUAAAGUACAUCUUACAUUGUGUAGUUGUGUAUGCUUGUGAAAGUUGAAAGUUCCCACCCUCCCCCUCCUCAGCUCAAAGAGAGAUUCCUCUGCAGGGUGGUGUGGAGUACAGCUUACAUUGUGUAGUGUAUAUUUCUUGUUACAGUCUGAAGAUUCCACCCUCCCCCUCCUCAACACAUAGAGAACUUUCUCUGCAGGGUGGUGUGGAGUACAUCUUACAUUGUAUAGUGUACACUGCUUGUUUAAGUUGACAGCUUCCACCCUCCCCCUCCUCAGCUCAUAGAGAGAUUCCUCUGCAGGGUGUUGUGGAGUACAGCUUACAUUGUGUAGUUGUAUAUUGCUUGUUUAAGUCAAUAGUUUCCACCCUCCCCAUCCACAGCUCAUAGAGAGAUUCCUCUGCAGGGUAGUGUGGAUUACAUUUUACAUUGUGUAGUGUUCAUUACAUGUUGCAGUUGACAGCUGGUUCAACACAUUUUAUCCAACGGCUUCAACGUCCUGGCAAAACUCCAAAUGGGAAGGAAUCUACUGCUGCGCUAAUAUCAGAUGGUCAGUGAUGAAAUGUGUUGGAAAUGUUCAUUUUCUCACCGUUUUCCAUACAAUACUUUUUUAUUGUGUUUAUAAGAAUCUGGUUUCACCCUAGAGAUUUAUGCUUUCCAUCAGUUCUUUCACAUUUCUGUUUAUCUCUUCGACUCCUGAUAUUAACUAGCAUCUAAUUCCACCUUACAAUAUCAACCCUUAACACGAGAAUAAAGGAAAUGACCACCAACUUUAGGAGCUCUUGAUUAUUAAACAAAUUCUCCUUGUCAGCACCUUAGGAAAUGUAUAAAGACCAGUUUGGAGAAUAUGCAUACUGAUGGUAGGGUGUAAAGGUUUAACUCUGACUUGAUGGUGGUAGGGGAAGUGAGAGGUUGAUCUAAAGAAGUUUGCUUCCUAUAAAUUUUGACAGGUUAAUGAAGAUUUUCAUACUUUUAUCACUGUUUGGAUUUGUUUUUGCUGUCGCGGUACUGAACCCUGUGGUGAGUGACUCUAUGCUUUCUCUCUGCUCCCUGUUACUUUCAUUCGUUGCACUACCCACCCCUCCCUUAUGACAGGUUAACUGGUGUUCAAAUUUUUUUUUCAGGGCACUGCUUCAGUUUUAGGAAACGUUGCAUCCUUGACAUCGAUUGCUGAAUUAGGUGUUUUUCUUAUUGUAAUGUUGCGACGAGCACAUAGUUUGGAUUUCAGGUGAGCUUUAGAACCUUAGCUUAUUUCUUAGCAAGUUGUUUCGCUAAAGACCAAGACCUAGUUGUUCCAAGGAUGAUAACGCUUUCUAACGGAUAAACUACUAUACAGCGGAUAAGUGUCAACAAAACUUUCUGCACUAUCAACUGAAUAGAGAUUUAUCCACUCAAUAGUGUUAUCCACUCUUUGAAAUUUGGGAAUCUGACCAUGGACUUUGGGGAACUGACUUAUUAGCUACGUUUCAUCUGAGCGCAAACCUUUGCUCUUACUGGCCUUUGUUGAUUUUUUGUUGAUGUUGUUGUCUUGCGACACUAGAAUGAAGAAGCCAAGAACGUCUCGUUUACUUAUUUUUUUUCCUCAGCCAUCUGCAUGUUCCUGUUCGUCUGUCACGUUAUCUGUAUCACCUGCAGUACCCUGUUAUCUUGUACUUCCUGGUCGCUUUUGUCUUCAAUAUCGCUGAGGUCGUUCAGUUAUCACUUUACGGCGACCCUUUGUCAUCAAGUCUCACUCCACAGGCAAACCAGUCUUUUCCAUCAAUGAUUAGCUCUGCUGGGGCUAACUCGAGUCUUGCAAGUUCACAUAGCAGACAAUGGCGUAUUCAUGACACGUCGAUGACCAACGCGACGUUGUAUUAAAAAUCCUAAGCAAGCCACGACAACAGCGGCGACGUCAUUGUAAACCAACAGUUUAGGUAUGUGGAGAUUUCCCCCCAUUGCAAGUUCGCCCGCUACCAUUACUGCGAGUUCGCCAACUUGCAAAUCUGCCGCCGCGUUAACCCCAUGACCCUUAAGAGGGACUAGCAUCUAAUUUCUCCUUACAAUAUCACCCCCGAAUCACACAUUAAGGUCAUGAGAAUCAAAGAAAUGAUCAUCAACUUAAGAAGCUCUUGAUUGUUAAGUAAAUUCUCCUUGCCGUUACCUGACUGAGGAGGACAGUAUGGAGAAUGUGCAUACUAAUGUUAGAGUUAGGGUAAGGUUAAAAAAAGUAAGGAUAAAAAAAGUAAGGAUAACCAACGCAUAACUACAGCGCGAGUGAUGCAAAUCCGCUACAUUACUCCAGUCUUAAUCUAACUGGUUUGGCACUGUUAUAAUUCUGGAGUACUGACCAACGUACUUUUUCUGUACUGAUAAAGAUGGGGACGAGCUAGUUUACCUUAGGGGGCGAACUUGCAACGGAGCGAAACCUCCAUAAAGCAGCAAUGUCUACUCACUCAGAGAUUUGAUAAUUUAUUUAAUUUAAUAUUUAUUGCAUUUAAUCGGUAGUUAGAUAGGUGUAAGUGUGUUUUGAACUUUGUAACAACACAAAAAAAAAUUCAAGAGAUUUCAUGUUUUAGUCAAUAACUUUAAAACAAUUUUUUUCUUGGUUCAAGUUGCUUGGCGAGCAGUUAAUGCGUUCUUUUAAAGGUAUACGCUAAGCGUGAAUUAUGCGAUCUCUCGUUAAGAAAUACCUGUGCCACAGGUGAUAAUAUUUAAGAUAGUUAUUUAGGUUACUACAGACGUGUACUAGUUAGAAUUAAUAAGCGCAGGCAAAUUUCAUAAAUUCUAAAUCUAGC